AUGGUGUCAAGAUCGUAUGACAAAGUCACUGAUGUCUGCGAUCAACUUAUACUUCAGGUGAAAUAUCCACAAAAUGUUGGAAGGGGUUUGUUCGAAUUGCAAAGAGAUCCCAUGAUGAUUCAAAGUUCUGAAAAGGUAUCCAGAGGUCGAGUUGAAAACAACACUUCCAUCUCUACAAAUCCUGAUGUUGUUUUCAUCUAUUAUAAUGACCCUAGGAGUCUGUUGCAGGAACCUAUGGAAGCAAACUUUUUCAGUGAAUUUGGUGAAGGGAGUAGGUACAAAUUAUUGGAAAUUAUUUGUAAAGGAAGCUCUGGUAUUGUAUGUUCUGCAUAUGAUACUCAUGUUGGCGAAAAAGUAGCAAUCAAAAAGAUAAAUGAUAUACUCGAACAUGUUUCUGUUGCUGCUAGUAUCAUGCGUGAGAUUAAGCUCCUUAGGCUCCUUCGUCAUCCAGACAUUGUGGAAAUCAAAUACAUCUUAUUGCCACCUUCAAGAAGCGAAUUCAAAGACAUAUAUGUGAUUUUUGAGCUUAUGGGAUCUGAUCUACAUCAGGUUAUUAAAGGAAACGAUGACUUAACACCAGAACACCAUCAAUUGUUUCUUUAUCAGCUUCUUCGAGGACUAAAAUACAUACACUCAGCAAAUGUCUUUCACAGAGAUCUAAAACCCAAAAAUAUUUUGGCCAAUACGGAUAGCAAACUCAAGAUCUGUGACUUUGGUUUUUCAAGGGUUGCA